AUGUUUGUCCAGCAAAUCAACGACAUCUUCAAUUUAACCGGUCGCUAUAUAGCUCCGGACAACGUUGCCUGCUGCAAACACGCAGCGGCUAUCCCGCAGAAGGAACAGAAUAUCGAUUUCAUCAUCGCCACAAUCAAGCUCAAACUCGGCGGCCCUGAGGUAUUCCUCCCACUGAGUCGCGAGAUAGUCAGGCGAGCCAAGCUCGAAUGCUGGGGCGGCAGUAUCAAGAGGGCCUUUGCCCUUGCAAAAGCCGCAAGACUGCCCCUUGCAAACGGAACAUGUCUUAUCAGACACUUCGUUUUGCUCUUGACCAUGCGUAUACUCCAAUGCGUCGUGGGCUCGGAGUGA